AUGGCAACGGACGCAGAGGCAGCAUUAAAUGCACUUAAGAAACUGGAGGCCAACAAGACGUGUGUAAAUUGUGGCAAUUACAAUCGCUUUGGUCACCAAAAUAUUUGCGAAAAGGUGCGCACGUUUGUUUGUUCAAACUGCAAGAGCGCACAUCAAAGCUACAGCAUGCGUGUUAAAAGUGUCAGUAUGAGCAACUGGACCAUGGAGGAGGUGGAUGCAUUGCGCGAACAGAACGGCGGUGGCAACGCUGCGGCAGCACGUAUCUGGUUCUGUCGUUGGGACGAUAGCCAGAUGCGCAAACCUACCAAAGAUGAUUCAUUAGACUACUACAAACAAUUUAUUAAUCACGUUUACAACGACAAAGCCUUUUAUAGUCAAGAUGGCUUUCAUGCGGCAACGUCUUGUAGUCCUACAGCCAAUAGUAGUGGCCAAUCAACAGUCUCUACCACCAAUUUGCUGGACUUUGACACACCCGAUCCCAAGAAAUCUACGAGUGGAGGAUUUGAUACUUUUGGGACAAGCAGCAAUGGAUUUGCUAGCAGCGAAUGGGGAAAUUUUGCAGCACCACCAGUCUCAGUGAGCUCAAUUGACGAGUUUGGUGCUUUUGCGUCGGCUCCCGCCACGACAUCUUCAAUUAAUACCGACUUUGGUGCUGGUUUUAGUGCUUCGUCGACUGAUAAUGACGGGUUUGGUGCAUUUACAUCUGCACCACCUGUAUCUAAUUCAAGUUUAAUCGACCCAUUUGCUCUGCCAAGUGGGACGAUGAAAGCACCAACAGUCUCGUUUGACCCAUUUGCCCCUGCAAUGACACAACAACAUCAAACUCCUAAAGCAAUUAAUAUGAAUCAAUCCAAAGCGAUGCCAGCACGUGCAGACUUUAGUGUGUUUGAUACGCUGUCGGCUCCGCCUUUAGCUUAUGGGUUUCCUCAAAAUCACAACAACGGCUACGGCCAGACUCGCGGUUCCCCUGGGAUGGGAAUGCAAAUGGGUUUUGGUAUGCAGCAGGGAGGCUAUCACCAGCAACAACAUUUUCAGCAUCAGUCAACGAUGGGAAAUCACGCAGGUAGGAACAUGAGUGCAAGUUAUGUGCCACACGGAGUUACUGCAGGUGGAAAUUCAAAUCUUCAGUCGAAAAGUAGGGACCCAUUUGCUGGUUUAGGAUUGCCCCAAAAUUGA